AUGGAUUUACUACCUGAAGAAAUACUCUUACAUAUUUUCUCCUAUGUUGAGUGUAAAACAUUAAUUUCAACGGUUAAAAUACUUUGUAAGCGAUUUUAUGAACUAUUAUCAGUGGAAAACAAUUGGAAAUUUCUCUUUCCUGAAAUCGGAUCCAAUCAUGAAUAUUACGAUAUCGACGAUUAUGGAAGAGAUAAAGUGAUCUACUACAAGUGUACAGAUAGAAAAUUUUGGAGAGGUAUAGAUCAACCUAUUUCAAUUGAUUACUUGCGUGGCUCUAUUGGUGCAGUCGAUGUCGUUCGAAUUUUCGAUCAUGGUCAAUAUUGUCUUUCUGGCUCUCGAGAUAAGUCAGUCAAUAUCUGGUCAUUAGAUCAACAGUUACGUGGAGAUCCUUCUAAAUAUCAUAUAGGCUCGCUUGAUGGUCAUAAUGGGUGGGUAUGGACACUUGAAGAAUGCAACAACACUGUUUAUUCCGGCUCUUGGGAUCAUAAUGUUAUGAUUUGGGAUUUAAAUGCUAAUGGAAAAUUACUCGAUACUAUUAGAGAUGUUCAUCCAGCAGCUGUCUUGCGCUUACAAGUUAAGGAUAAUGUCUUAUACACUGGCUGUCAUGAUUCAGCUGUUCGAAUGUUUGACUUGCGAGUUGAUUAUCGAAAUACCAGUCAUGAAUUGUAUCGACAUAGAAGAGCAGCCUUAUGUAUGACCUUUUGUGAUGACUACCUUAUAACUGGUAGUGAAGAUAAAACUGUGAUCGUUUACGAUACCAGAGCUAAUGCUAUCCUAAAGACACUAAAGACAACGUCUUCUGUCACUGCUCUUAACUGUGGCUACGAUCAACUAAGAGUAGGAAUACGAAAUGAUGUUCAAAUCUAUAGCACAAAAGACGGAUUGUUUACGGAAAUGGAUAUUAUACCUGAAGUUCAUAGUAAAGGCAUAAUGGGAAUACAUCAUGAUCUUUCUUGCAUGAUUACAUGCUCCAUUGAUGGUACUAUAAAGGUCAGCGAAGCUUCAAAGUCACCAAAAGUAAUUAAAGUUCUCGAUCAUCACAAGUCAGCAGUAGCAAGGAUCGACUAUCGUGAUGGUAUAUUAGCUUCCGCUUCCAGCGACGCUACUGGUACAAUCGGAAUUAUUCGAAGAUACGGACCAUAG